ACCAGCCAACCAGCCAACCAGCCAGCCAGCCAUCGUCACCGUCAACGUCCGUCGCUGUGCCGUCAGCAGACCAAUUUAAAAUUGUUUUCUUGAGUCUAGUGAAUUUGAAAUGCCAAACAGUCGUUGUUAAGAAGUGAUUGUGGCCUCACACGCUCAACUCCAGCUCGGCGCUCAAGUACGGUGGCGAAAUCAUAAAAAGAAACUAAUCAACCAACCAACCAACCAACCAACCAAUUAAACGCCUAUAAACGCCUGUAAUAUUUUCAAUUUGUAAACUGCAACACGCAGCCUAACUAAGGCUUUGCUAAAGAGAAGAGAAAAAAAGAUUUACAAAAAACCGAAAGUACUUACUACCAGAUUUUGUGUAAUUACGCGUUCGUUCGAUUGGAAAAAAUCUGCAGUUAACGUUUUUUAAUUACAUACCGUUAAAACUCCGCACACACACACACGCACGCACGCGCACACACUCUCAACAAACAAAUAUGAAGUACUUCAACAUCACACUUUUGCUGGUAGUUCUUGCGUUGGCUUGCUGUAUUUCGCUCACUUACGCGCAGGAGGAAGGCCCGGCUUCCCUUGGACCCAAACGACCGGCACUACGGCGUCCAGUCGGCGGAAAAGUGGCAAAAACUACAACCACACCACCACCCCCACAACAAGAAGACGAAGGGGACUACGGCGAUGAGGAUGCCAACAAUCCAGAGGGUGAGGAGGGUGAUGAGAACGAUGCAGCCGCAAGCAGCACCACAACUACAACUGAAGCUCCCAAGAAGGUGAUAGGUCCUGUCAUUCGGCCAUUCCGCUCGAACGAUGAUUUCUUGAAUUCACUGAAACGUCGCCAGCAGGACGCUAAGAAACACAGAGCUGUUGAGAAGCCAACUCCAAAGAGCAAGCAAUCGCCAGCUGACGACGAAGGCGGAGACGAGGGCGCCGAAUCUGCACCAGCACCAGCGCCUGCGAAAGGUUUCAAGGCAGGCAGCACAGCUUUGAAUCGCCGUAAGUUGUUGGCGAAGCCCGGCAAACCCGAACCACCAGCGCCUGCUGACGACACAGAUGCGGAAGAAUCCGAGCAAGAGCCCAAGGAACAAGCGAGACGCCUGCCGCACGCCCGUCUGGCUUUGAGGAAGCGCAACUAAGCUGUUUGCAGACUUACUUAGAUUUUGUGUUUAUCAGUUUUAUCACACGAAGGGCACAAAAUACAAAGAAAUUGCGAAUUUCUUUGAAAAACAUUUCCGGCUUCUAUCAUUUCGAUAAAUUUCUUUAAGUUCGCUGAAUGAAAAUUGCUAGAUCUGUCGCAUUUAGCUCUGGUUUCACUUACUUUACUUAAUGCCAUGCACAUAGUUCUGCGAAUCUUAGUAGCACGCACGCUGUUUUGUUUCCUUUUCUAAACUUUGUUCUUCUAUUAGUUUUAAGUUAUUUUAUUUUUUUUUAUCUUUUUCAUUGUUUUCGUGUGAGGAAAUAAGUAAUAUCCUCAGUUCUCUUAAGCUUCUUAAAAUGUGUUAUAAUUAUUAUUUUACAUAUACAUUCAUAUGUAUUUGGAAUUACGUGUAUAUUAUAUACUAUUUUAUUGUACAUACGGUCAGCGUAAAUUUUACAAAUUUGUCGUAAACU